AUGCCUCCCCGAAAGCGCCAAUAUGGCGAUCUUGGGAGCCAAAGCUCGCCCUCGUCCUCCGCCCACAGCGCGAAUCCUCGCGCUCCAAAGCAGCCCCGCACCACCAACACACACCCUACACGCGCAGCGGGCUCCUCGCAGCACGACGCAUUAGUCAUUGACAGUGACGAUGACGAUGACGCGUCGCAAGAAGCACCAGACUCAACGCAGAGCUACAAUGAGCAGCAGUCCAGCUACGGCCUGUACGGAGUGAUACACAACAAAAUCGUAGGGGUCAGAUACUACAAUGGCUACGCGACCGUUGGGGAAAUGGUCAUCUGCAGGCGCGAGCCUCAUAAUCAGUACGACGGGAACGCAAUCCAAGUCUUGAACGUGCAGGGCGAGCAAAUUGGUCACAUUCCAAAAACACUUGCCUCGAAGCUUGCGAAGUACAUGGACAAUCAGAGCCUUUUAGUUGAAGCGCAAAUCACUGGCCCCAAGGGCAUGUUCGAGUGCCCUAUCGAGGUCAGGGUGUACGGCACGAACGAGCCCGUUGAACGAGAGAGCCUCCUCGCUCAGAUGCGACAAGACAAACUUCCGGUUGCUCAGGCAGCGGAUCGCAAGCGCAAGGAAACGGCAGCGCAGAAGGAGAGGCAACGUUUGGCCAAGGAAGCUGCAAAGAGGGCAAAGAAGAACGGCGGAGCUGUUGUCGGCGUUGGUAAGGGUGUGGACUGGGAAAAUAGCAUGAGCGAGUACAUGGCAGGCUCGUCGCAGGCUGAUGGCAUGGGGCCAGGACCCAGCCUGGAGGACAUUAUCGGUGGCAGUGAGCGCUUCAAUCCUAGGAACUUCGAGAACAUAGUGGAGGAAUUUGGUGUCAAGGAGCAGGAUCUGGCCGCGAUGCCCAAAGCUGCUCAACCUGCAGCACUUCAGACCGAAAUGCAUCCAUUUCAGCUCCAAGGACUGCAGUGGAUGUUGGACAAGGAGUCUCCACAGCUACCGGCUCAAGGAACCAAGGAUGUUGUUCAGCUCUGGCAGCGCCACCCUCAGAUGCCGAAUGCCUUUACUAACCUCGCCACAAAUUACUCCAUCACCAAUCCCAAGCUGGCUUCUGGGGGCAUCCUGGCAGACGACAUGGGCUUGGGCAAGACUAUUCAGGUCAUUUCGCUCAUCAUGGCCGAUAGGGCGCUAAAUCGCCGAGCUUCUGGUGUUACUGAUGCAUCUCUCAUCCUGGCCCCUGUCUCUGUCAUGAGUAAUUGGAGCACGCAAAUGAAGAGGCACAUCAAACCAGAGCAUGCACUUCGCGUCAUGUUCUGGCAUGGCGCGCGCAAAGAGCCGAUCACACCAAAGCAGAUUGAGAACUACGAUGUGGUUAUCAGCACGUACGAGUCAAUCUCGUCAGAUUGGUACUCACAAAAAAGCACUGCAUUACCAAGAAAAUCAGGCCCAUUCUCCGUCACAUGGCGUCGGGUGAUCCUCGACGAAGGCCACAAUAUCCGCAAUCCCAAAGCCAAGAAGACCAUUGCUGUCAGUAGCCUCCUGACUCAGUCACGCUGGUCUCUAACAGGAACGCCGAUCAUCAACAACCUCAAAGACCUCUACAGUCAAGUUCGCUUCUUGCGUCUUUCAGGUGGCCUUGAUUCUUUCGAAAUCUUCCACGGAGCCAUCUCACGACCUGUGCUGGCUGGUGACCCGCAAGGCAAUAAAGCGUUACAGCUGCUUAUGGGGGGCAUCUGCCUGCGAAGGAAGAAAGAGAUGUCGUUUAUUGACCUUCGUCUUCCAGAGCUAUCAGAGUACGUCCACAAGUUCCAGCUCCAUCCACACGAGCAAGAGAAAUACGACGCACUUGAGGCCCAAGCAAAGGGUACUCUUGACAUCUAUAAGAACAACAUCGGCAAUCGAAAGGCCUCCGACACAUACCGUCACCUUCUCGAGGUUCUUCUGCGUAUGCGCCAGCUGUGCAAUCACUGGCAGUUGGUUGGCGAAGAGCGACUCGACUCAAUCAUGAAGCAGCUCGAAGCCGAAGGCGUUGUUGACCUCACUGCCGAAAAUAAAGAAGCCCUGCAGAAGAUGCUGCAGCUUUCUAUCGACUCCCAGGAAGACUGUCCUAUUUGCUUUGAUACUUACAAAGAUCCAGUCAUCACCAAAUGCGCGCAUAUCUUUUGCACUCCAUGCCUGGAGCGUGUCAUCGAGUUGCAAGGGAAGUGUCCGAUGUGCCGCGCUGAACUGGAGUCUUUUGGCUCUACCACUGUCAAACCCGCCGUCGAAACAUCAGCUAAACCCGAGCCUACUGCCGAGUCUGAGGCUGACAAGGCCUCGCUUGAGAAACAGACGAGCAGCAAAGUUGAGCAGCUCUUGCAGAUUUUGGCCGCAAGCGCGAAGGACAAGACAAACAAGACCAUCAUCUUCAGCCAAUGGACGUCCUUUCUUGACCUCAUCCAAGGACACCUGUCUGCAGCAGGCUUCAAGUUCACGCGCAUCGAUGGCUCCAUGUCGGCUGUGGCGCGCGACGCUGCGCUCGAGGCGCUCGACAGUGACCCUGAAACGACUAUCAUGCUUGCGUCUCUCGCCGUGUGCUCAGUUGGCCUCAAUCUAGUUGCAGCCAACCAGGUCAUCAUGGCGGACAGCUGGUGGGCGCCCGCCAUCGAAGACCAAGCUGUGGAUCGCGUUCACCGCUUGGGGCAGAAGCGAGAGACUACUGUGUUCCGACUCGUUGUCGAGGACAGUGUGGAAGAGAGAGUGCUAGGAAUCCAGAGCGACAAGAGGAAGCUCAUGGCGAUGGCGUUUGCAGAGAGAGGGGGCGGGAAGAAGAAGAAUGUUAGGAGUGGUGGGCUAGGCGAUCUGUCCAGGUUGCUGGGUCAGGCCAGUACGAGCGCAGACUCAGGCACCACUGCGGAGACAGCUGAUGCUAGCCGUCGUAACACCGGCACAGCUGGGCGGGGCCGCAAGAAGUGA